AGGUUAUGAAAAUAUGUGGUGCAUACAUGUUUUCAACUUAACAAAGCGAUAUAGAAGAGAAAAUGCUGUGAACUGAAAAUGAAAACAUACAAAGUACUUUAUACUCACCAGAAAACAAAGAAGUCCAAAGUGUGGCAGGAUGGUGUGCUGAAAGAAGUAAACAACACAAAACUCUCUCUUAUCGCUGAUAACGGUCGUCACGUGGAAUCUGUCUUUACUAAAUCGGAGAAUAUUAUCGUUGGAGAUGAGAUUGAGAGCGAUGGACAUCUUAUACUCAUUGAUGAUAUUGCCAAAGAAAACAGUGAGCCCAGCACAAUUACAACUACAAGAUCCAAUAAAGAAGCCGGGAUUCGUCACCGAGCUCCCCCAAUACGUCCAAAGUUUGUUUCCAAAAAGUUCACCCCUCCCGCUAUGAGACGAUAUCCUGUUGUUGUUAACGAGGAUUCUAACACACAGAGCAGACAGGAACAACAUAGUGAGAAUAACAACUUAUUAUUGGGGAAGUUUCAGUCGAGAAAGGUGGUACGAAACAGACCUAGUUUAGUGACGUCACUUUCUCGAACAUUCCAAUCAACAUCAGAAAGUUCCAAUGGUAGAGCGCCCUUCGAUCAGUCCUCAUCAUCCUCACAGAUCAGUAGUUAUAUUACACCGAACAUAUCCUCAGAACGUUCUGAAAAAGGUUUGGAACUAAGAGAGAUUGACAGUGAUCUGAGUGUACUAUUAGAAAUGCCUGGUUCACAAAGAGGAACUGUCACAUUAUCUAAACAAUGUUUCCGUGAGGUUCCCAACAUUCCUUACAUUCCUUCAACUCCUGCAUUCACAGAACAACGAUCGAUUGAAAGUAUCUUCAAAGUUUUAAACGGUGCAUCUAGUGGCUUGUCUCCAAUGAACAACAAAUCUACUUCUAAACCGGAUGUAACAUUUGAGAAGAUUCCAGAAGAGCAUCGUGAACAAAAAGUUUCAGAAAAACUCCCAGAAAUCCCUUCAACUUGUAACUUCGACGCAUUCGACGACUCUAUUUUCAGUCCGUCUCCUCCAAAAGGAUCCUCUGGACUUUCUAAAAUUUCUCAGGAUAACAACCAAAGUUUUUCUUCUUCACUCGAAGGGUUUAUCGAUAACAAAAUUGAAGAAAUUGCAAGAACUGUCCCAGAAAAACACAACCAAAAGAUAAAACCCACUGACCACGAUGCUCUGAAAGUUAAUUCUGGUAAUAAAAAUGAAGAUAUGGCGGCCGUCAGUUGUUAUGAAACCGUUGAUUAUUUCGAUAUAUUUGGCGACGAUGACGGAAAAGCGGAAACUUUUGGUCCAACAGUGCUACAACUUUCAACCCAAGAAGGUUCAAAAGUAGGGAAGAAUACAACGCAGGAAGAAACUGUUAGUACAGAAAACAGAAACAUCGAGGAAGAUCAGAUUACGAAUAACGGGAUGAACAGUACUUUUGAUGAUUCUUUUGAUGUUGAUAUUCCUUCUUGUAGCAUGUGGGAUAUUGGAGAGGAACUUGCAGAAGAAGUUGUAGGUGGAGAGGUUGUAAGGGAAGAGGUUGUGAGGGAGGAGGUUGAUAAUGAGGAGGCUGAGCUAGAAAGACAGUCCAAACGGAGAAAACUGGGGAAUGUGUUUAGAAAUCCAAGGACAGUCACGGCUGCUGUUGAAAAACCGGCCCAGAGAAGAUUCACAGUUCCAUUUGCUGGUGGUGGCCAGUUCCUGGACAAAGAAUCCAACUGCCAAUUGAUCAAACAUGAAUUGAAGUUUGGUAAAGAGCCUCAAAAACGACAUCACCUAAUUCCUGAAUCGUUUUCUUCACCGAGUCAUUACAAAACCACAAUGCUAGAUGUUAUUUAUGAGCAUCUUAACGUGAGUUUAGCAAAGGUAUGUGAGAGAUACUCCCGGCUAACAGAACAGACGAACACAGACACAAAUACUCCAGCAGUGAAGUGUCCUCAUGGUGCUGCUAAAAUAUGCACUGUUUCUAAGGAUGGUCCUAACAAGGGGCGUCAGUUUUAUACUUGCAAAAUGAAGUCGUGCGAUCUAUUUAAGUGGGCAGAAUCUACUGUUGUUCCAACAAAUCCUCAAGAACGAUUCACAUACUAUACUCGUCAGGGUUUGAGCUUGUACAAAGGAUGCCGAAUAAAGCGGAAACAAAAUAGCAAUCUGUACAUGCUGCAACUUAGUACUCAGGAUAAACAUGUCAACUAUAAUAAGGACGAUAUUUGGAUCAUUGACUCCGCUAGUCCUCAGCCGAGUAUAAUGAAGAGCACAUUCUACGGGCCAACUAGCAGUGGUCAGGUGGAACUGAGACUGCUAAACUGCCAUGUACCCCGUUGUGGAGCGGCCACUGUCGACGCUUUGCAGGCUCUGCGGGCUGUGGCUGAGUUGGAGAUAGUUUCGGCACUAGAUAAGAUAAACACUUUGCCGUUAUUACCUUCUCUAGUAUCUAGACGGCCAGAUAACAGCAACAAAUUAUGUCGAGAUAUUGUUCUAUCAGAGGACACAGAGGAGAUAUGUAUAUCCAUGUGUAGAGAAUACCAUCUGAAUGAAAAGCAAGAGGAAGCUGUCUUGGCCCUGAUUAACUCACUAAAACACGGACCCCCUAUACUGUGUGUUCACGGAGUAUUUGGUUCUGGUAAGAGCUAUCUGUUAGCCGUGAUAGUGUUGAUCUUGGUUAGAGUUCUGAGUGGACCUCAACAUAGACUUCUUAUCACUUCUACUACUAAUGUGGCGGUGGAUAAUAUCCUUAUCAAAUUGUUAGAACUAGGGUUCGAACACUUUGUAAGGGUGGGAAGUGUGAAGAGAAUACACAAGAAGAUAGCACCCUACGUUCUGCAGCACCAGGACUGUGAAACCAGCAAUUUCUUGAAACAGGAUCAGAGCAAGUCAACACUGAGCAGAUACCAGGUAGUAGGAACUACCUGUGCAUCGUCUCCCUCCGUCUCCCAACAUGACAUCGUCCUCUUUGACGAGGUUUCGCAGGUGACAGAACCCUCGUCUCUCUUACCACUGAUACACUCGUCCUGCAAACGUCUUCUUCUGGUAGGUGAUCCUCAACAAUUACCCCCAACGCUCAGGGGUUUGGAACAAACACUGUUUGAUAGGAUGAUCAAGCUAGGAUACCCUACUGUAGUACUGAACACUCAGUACCGCUGCCCUCCGGAGAUUUCCUCCAUCUCCAGCACCCUCUUCUACUCUGGAGAACUACAAGACGGUAACCCACCCACCUCUGAAGAGACUCUACUACCUGUUCCCCCUCUCACUUUCAUUAGUAUUCCGGGGUCUGAGUCCGGGUAUGGUGAGAGUUACUCUAACAGUGCAGAGGUGAAAGCUAUUUCUGAGUUGUUAGAAGUGUUGGUUAACAAGAUUAAAGUCCCCAAAGACGAUAUAGCCAUCAUAACACUGUAUCGUGGUCAGGAAUCCUUGCUCAAGAAUGAGCUGCCUGGUUCAAAGUCUCUUAAGAUAUCCACGGUAGAUGCAGUUCAGGGUGCAGAGAAAAGUGUGAUUAUCCUGUCUUGUGUAAGAACUUCAAGAAUUGGGUUUGCUGAUUGUCCGAAGAGAGUGAACGUGGCUCUCACUAGAGCCAGACAUCAUCUUAUCAUAUUGGGAAAUAUUAAGAUGUUGAGUACGAACCAGUUGUGGGGGAAAAUAAUCCAGACAUGUGCUGAUAGAGGGGUGGUACUGACACAGUCAGAUAUACUGGCAAAACUCCAGUAGUAAGUGCCAGUAAGUAACUAACUCCCCGUACCAGUGCUGAUCAGUACCUUUGAAUAGAAAUUACAUCGAGUGAAAGAAACGAU